AUGGUAGUUUCCUGUUGGGUUCAAGGUUGUUUUAAUACAGCCGGUGAUUCUGUUAAACGUAGCUUUCAUUAUAUUCCUAAAAUUAGAGAGCAUGAGGGGCAGCAAACAAAAGAAUUAAGUACUGAGCGACGGAGGGUUUGGCUAGCGAAUAUCAACUGGAAAACUCAUCCCACUCCUUCGACAAGGAUAUGUUCAGCGCAUUUUAUAAGCGGAAAACCAGCUGAUCUAUAUGAUAAGUCAAAUCCAGACUGGGCUCCAACAUUACAACUGAGUGACCUUUUGACUCCCACUAAAUCCUGCAAGAAAGCUAAGCAAGCUUCAACUGGCAUGAAACGGUACAAAAGAGUCCAAGAAAGGGAAAAGAAUCGUAUAAAGCACCAAGUUGCCAGGUCUCUGAUAGAGUUAUCAAGCACAAAUGAGCCAGAGUUUGUUGCCACACCAUUGCCUGCAGAUGUUUUGAACCAAGACCCAGAGCCAAUAUGCCAACUAACAUUUGAUGAACCAAACAAUGAUGAUGACACUAGUGUUGAUGAACUGGGACAAGUGACACAAAGUCAAGUUAACAGUGAACUUCAGCGACUGCUAAAUGAAAACUAUGCUUUGAAACAAGAAUUACAGCAGGUCAAACUAAAUGAAUCGUCCUUUGAAAACAAUGAUGAGAAAGUUAAAUACUACACUGGGUUACCAAAUUUAAUCAUGCUGAUGACUGUUUUUGACUUUGUGUUCUUUACUUAUGCUCUGAAGUAUUCGGUUAUUGACAUCGCUAAAGAUAGCAUUUUCAUUGAUUAA